AUGGAACAAAUUGAGGCUGGAGAUGCUCAAACUUUAGUGAACAUUUUAAAUCAGGAACAAUCAAAGGAUCCAAACUUCUUUUUUAGAGUUAAGUUUGGCAAGGAUGGAAGAAUUUCCAAUAUCUUUUGGAGAGAUUCAAUGAUGCUAGAAGACUAUAGGAUAUAUGGAGAUGUGCUUGUCUUUGAUACAACAUACAGAACCAACAGAUAUAAUCUUAUAUGUGCUCCAUUUGUUGGAAUGAAUAAUCACUGGCAUAAUUGUAUGUUUGCAUGUGCUUUUAUUGGGGAUGAUAAAACAGAUUCAUUCGUUUGGCUACUAGAAACAUUCUUGAAAGUUAUGGAGAAUAAAAAACCAACUUCAAUAUUCACUGAUCAGGACCAAGCAAUGGCAAAUGCAAUUGAGCAGGUGCUUCCUAAUACAAGGCAUAGACUUUGUAUCUGGCAUUUGGAACAAAAUGCUAUAACCAUAUUUGGAGCUCUUAAAAAAGACAAAGAAUUCAAGUAUGCAUUCAACCAGUGUUUAAACAUGUGUGUGAAAGAACAAGAAUUUGAAGCAAAAUGGCAAGCAAUGACGCAAAGAUAUGAGUUGACAGCACACUCUUGGUACCAAAGAGUGUGCGAUUUGAAAGAGAAAUGGUGUCCUUCCCUUAGUAGAGAUUUCUUUUCAGCAGGAAUCUUAUCGUCACAAAGGAGUGAAAGCACUAAUCAUGCAAUAGGAUUCAGAGCAAGUAAAGCAACUACCUUGACAGAAUUUUAUACCAUAUUUAAGAAAACAAUUAAUCGUUGGAGAAGCGCAGAGAAAUAUGAUGAGUUUACCUGUAGCAAGUCAAUAGCAUUCACUUCAUUGCCACUAUCUGGAAUGCUAAAACAUGCUGCUCAGGUUUUCACUUUGUCACUCUUUAGAGAUUUUGAAGAGGAGUUUGGAUAUUCUAUGGCAACAACUGUUCAAAUGAUUGGAAGAAAUGAAGAAUGCCUACUCUAUCAGGUAGCCCUGGAAGACAAGCCAUGGUCUGCACAUCAAGUAAACUAUAUACAUGAGAGCCAUAAUGUAUGGUGUACUUGCAAAAAUUUUGAAGCAUCUGGAUGGUUAUGUUAUCAUUACAUCAGAAUUCUACACUUGCAUUCAGUAACAAGAAUACCAGACAAGUAUGUUUCAAAAAGAUGGACUAAGAUUGCAAAAACAGAGACAUGGGAUAGGUUGAAGAAUCAGGAUCCUACACAUCAAUAUAUUCCAUGGAGACAAACAAUGAUAAGGAAAUACUACAAUCUAAUCUUAAAGAGUCAAGAAAAUGAAGAAACAAGAUAA